AUGGCUGAUCAAGCGGAAGGGUCUUCCACGGUGGUUAGGAAUCUGUUCGGAAGCUUGCAGCUGGAGAGUGGGGUUGAGUCGGAUGUUGACCUGGACUUCCCAAGGCCACUUCUGACGGGGGAGGACGACAUCGGGCUGCAGAGGAGAGGGGUGGAGAGGCUGAUGCUCAAGAGCCCUGCUCUCAAACACCAACUGGCCGGGCGGAAGCUUACUGAAUACCGCCCUCUUCUUGUCUGGGACAAUACCCAUACCCUCAUUCCUAUCAAGGCGGCGUUCAUGUCGCAGAAAGAUUGGGUCCUGCACAGUCAACUGGACCUGAAUUACAUGGCAGAGCUGCCGGUGUGGUCCUUGAACCUGACUAAAGGAGGAUGGUACGAUGAUGAUGGGGGUUCAUGUUUCCCCGUGUCUCCAGCGUUUGUGGAAGACGGCUUCGCCUGCGUGUAUGCGCUCUCCAACGCCCACGUCACUUAUCGGGUGGAGCAGGCAAGCAACUCCGGGUACGUCUCGGCCGGUUUGCUCGCCGGCGAGGAUGCCAAGAGCGGCGGGUGGCCGUUUGUUAUCGAGCUUCAUGGGGAGGAGGACACAGGAGCGUACCCCACCAUCGACCCCUCCACGACAAGCCCCCCUCCUUCCCCCGAGAAGCAAACCCGAAGCCGGUUUCACCCCCCCAGCUCAUGCCCCCCCGACGAGGCUUUCACAGAUGUCCAGCUGAUAAGGGUGCUGCUUGGGCCGGCCUCUGAGAUUGGGAAGUUCCAGAACCUGCGCUACUUGGUCCCCAGCUCAAGGCCGUCAGCGGGCCUCGCACACAAACUGGACGUUGCGGUGGGCCACUUCCCGGGUGGGGCGACACUCGACAAUGUGCAAAGUCUCCUGGGCCAGAGACUGACCCCCCUGGAGCGCGCGGCGCACGUGCUUUGGCUUAAUGAGAACUGCCUCAAGCCGCUGCGGAAGUCCAUGAGCUUUGGGGAGCUCAUCUCGACCAACUCACAGACUGUCAAGCAUACGGCAUCCACCGCGUACGGAAGCAGCGGCGGCCCCGGGAUGGCUCUGACCAAAGAAGACGGCCAGCCUGAGGGGUGCCCGUGCGCGUUCGAAUUCGUGCACGCAGCUUGGGGUGCAGAUACGAGAGAGCGGUCCUACAACAGGGGUGUUAGUAAGGACGCCCCGUUCCUAGUGUGCACCCUCGCGGACAAGAUCAUCCCCAAGUUUGCUGGUCAUCAAUUUGCUGACAGGCGGCAAGAGCAAUCUAUCCGGGGGUGGGUAAAGCUCAAUCGACCAAUAAUCGAGCAAGCGCACCUGUGGGCCAAGGUGGUCGCGGCCGGAUUUGGGUGA